UUGGUUCGGAUUAUAACUAAGAAAAAGAUUAGAGCACACACGAGUGGAACCCUGAGUUUCCAGAGCUCGGAAGCAAAAAAAUACACUUCGACAGAAUUUUGAAUGAAACCCCGAAUCCUCCUCCUCGUUCCACAGACGAAAUUCUCACGGAAAUGGCUACACCAUUUCUGGCUGGUCUUGCAGUAGCUGCUGCUGCACUUGCUGGAAGAUAUGGUAUCCAGGCUUGGAAUGCAUUUAAGACAAGGCCACCAAAACCAAAAUUACGCAAAUUUUAUGAUGGUGGUUUCCAGACUACAAUGACAAAAAGGGAAGCAGCUCUUAUUCUUGGUAUUAGGGAGAAUGCAACUCCAGACAAGGUCAAGGAAGCCCAUAGAAAGGUGAUGGUUGCGAAUCAUCCUGAUGCAGGUGGCAGUCAUUAUCUUGCCUCUAAAAUCAAUGAAGCGAAAGAUGUAAUGCUCGGGAAGACAAAGGGUAGUGGAUCAGCAUUUUGAUGAGUUUAAUGUGCCUCAAUUUCAGAGUUCAGUGAUGCAAACAGCAAUGGAAUAAUUUCUUCACAAAGAAUAUGGAGUUCAUUCUAAGCUAUGUUUCCCCAUGAUAUGUGGUUACCUUGGUCAAAAAAGUAAUAUCAUGAGAAAAUAGGAGAUCCAUUGCACUGAUUGUAUGCCACAGGAUCAAAAUUCAAGAAUCACAGUUGCAUUGUCAUAAACUACUAUGGGUGCCAAGAAAAGAUGGAAAAUAUAGGGUACUCUUCAUUUUUCACAUUUAGUACUGUAUCAAAUCCUAGUAUUUGCGAUCAAGUUGUUAGGUGCUUUCAAAUUCAAUAUUGAGCUUGUUUACAAGAAUUAUGGUGCAACCAUGACAACUGUCUUGACUUCCUGUGCGAAUCAACAGAUAUUGCAUGUUAAUCUUCUGCAUAUAAAGUUAUCCAAAAAGGAACAAACAACUUUAAUUUUCUUUCA